CUGCGCACAUGGUCUGACUGGUUCCACGUAAUCCUCCGAUCAACUUGCUUCUGGACCACUGCGUUGCGUUGUUCCUAAUCCAUUGGAGCUCUCUGACGGGCCAACCAUCGGACAACCUUUAUCACCGUGGCCCCCAUCCCCAGAUCCUCUCCCCCCAGUGGCCGAUCAAACGGGCAAUGGGGGAUGCCUCCUCUGUCGGCCUAUACGCCUUUCGAAUCGCUCCUCUUCUUCCAAUCCCUCGCCGCCCUAGAUAGUCGCCCCACUAAUUUCGUCUCCAUCUCCGAUGUCCUGCGCAACAACCCUUUUGUCCGUCAGAAUGGCGCCUUCGAUGCGGGGCGGCUCGCCCCGGAAGCUCUUGAAGAAUUGUAUACUACCCUGAUACGAGAUGGCGGAAAUUCCGCUGACAUCAUCUCCUCUCUCGAACCUAAUGGUCAUCUUGUGGAAACCAACGGCGCUAACCCCAAGAAACGCAAGAUCACAAGUCCGCGACCCGACGGCUUAGUUGAUAAGGGCAUGAGCCAUGCUGCUAUCAUCCCGGAUCUGGUUUCUCACCUGUAUGCCCGGUACAAAGAGCUUGCCACUCGGGAGAUUAGGAAUGAGGAGGUGAGGUACGGCGAAAUCCAAGACGAAAUUGAGCGACUACAGAAAGAAGAGCGCGAAACGCCCCAGGAACCUGCCGCUGGGCCAGUCAUCCGGAAGCCGACACCGCAACCACCGGAGGCGAAAAUUGAACCCGAAUCAGAGCCGAUGGAUGUGGAUACCAAGGAUGACAAGUCCAUUCAGACACCACCUAAAAGUGCCAACCAACCCCCCGUUGAGCUAGCGCCGGGCAUUGAUAUCAAGCAAUCCCAAGUGGAACCGCAACAAAAAGAGGUGGAUAUUUCGAAGCAACCCACAGCAACUACGCCACAUCCAGCACCUGUGGAACAGCAACGUGUUCCUGCAGAGCCGGUUGGGCAGUCGGUGCCCGCGCAGGUACAGUCGCAAUUGCCUCCCUCGCCGCGACCACCACAGACAUCAGAGCAACUCUCUGGUCCUCAGCCGGUUCCGCAAACGACUCCUGAACCGCAUCAACCACAAGGCCUCAAUGGAGAGCCUGUCGCGACACCAAAGCAACCAAACCUGGCGCCUCAGGCCACCCAUGUCAGCCAAGGUCCAACGGAUGUGCCUCCUGUGCAGCAGCCUAUACCUUCGCCUGCUGCUCUAGCUCCCGGCGUUGGUGCUGCGCCCCCUCCAUCAGCUACGCUUUCACAAGCUUCGCAGAAUGUAAAUAUCCAAGGCGUUUCUCCCGUCUCUCAGAAACCCGUCUCGGCAAGCAAGCCAGCUGGCAAAGAAGGUCCACCAAAGGCUCCAGUUGCUGCAGCUCCUCUCCCCCCACCCCAGCCGAGUUUCGAGCAGUGGUCCUUGAACCCACCCCCUCAAACACCGCGCGCCCCUUCUUCACACCCGAUUCCAGAGCCUGUAGGCCAGGGGAGACCCUUCCCAUCCCAGCCACCGCUACCAUCACCUAAGCCUGAGGCGAAAGUGGCCCACCAGACACCUAAACCAACAACAGUACCAUGUACACCAAGGGCCGUUUCUACCGCAGUGGAGUCGUCAGCACCUAGCGGUUAUGGAACUGGUUUUCAAACGCCGGUUGGAGCUGCGCAAGCUUUGUUGUUUUCGGAGACUAAGGGCUCGCGCCCUCGGCUAUCCAUCGCAACUCCCGGUUCCCUUACCCCUUGGAAGAAGACUCCUCGGCUAAGCAUACCGCAAUCUCCCCGGUCGCCGGAACGGCCUCGGCGAGAGGAUGUAAGUCCUAUUAGCGAGAAGGCUCCAUCAUUGAUGGGGUCUCGAGAAGCUACGCCAGAGGAAUCUGGGCCACCCCCCAGGAAGCGUGCUCGAAAUGAAGGAAAGGGUCAGGGGCGGGGUAGGGAUAGAGGAUUGACAGGAGCUGAUGCCGAUGGUAAGGGAGGGCUAAAGCCGAAGGCGGAGAGGCAGACGGGCAAGAGGCGCGAUAGAAGUACAGCUUCAUCUAGGAGCCGUGGGCGUUCAGUAUUGUCUCGUGAUGAGGAAACUGAGUCUGUAUACCCUGGAAAGAUCAAACAUGAAAUGCCCAGCACGCCAGCUGGAAUCUCAGAGACUGCUGAACCGGAACACCGUCCUUCUAGUGGCCGGAAAGGUACCGCCACUUCAGAGGACCGCCCGGGUAGAGGACGACCAAAGCGCAAGCGCGGUGCCAGUGAAGCGCCAGAGGCAGAAACUCUCCCUUCCGAGAAUAGUCACUUUAGCCGGGUUGAUCCUAAUCAGUCAACAUCCUAUGUGCUCUGUGCACGUAACUUCCCCAGGACAGGCGCACCGAUCAUGAACGAUGUGACCACUCAUAAGCACGCAUCAAUCUUUACCAAACCGUUAACCGAACGGGAUGCUCCUGGAUACCGAGACCUCAUAUACCGCCCACAGGAUUUGAAGUCAAUUAAAUCGUCUAUCCAUCAAGGCAGUAAAGCCGUAGCUGCAGCUACGGAAGCUGCAAACACGCCAGCUGCAGAUGGCGAAUCCCCGGCCCCCAAUGCCGGGAAGAACGCGGUUCUCAUGCUGCAGAAGACCGAGGAAGUAAUCCCUCCCAAGGGGAUAGUAAACUCGGCGCAGCUAGAGAAGGAAUUGAUUCGCAUGUUUGCCAAUGCUGUCAUGUUCAAUCCUGUUCCUCAACGCGGAUUCGGACCUGCCUUUCCGAUGACUUGUGAUAGCGGGUCAAGGGAGAGCACUCAGGUUCCGGAGUUAGACGAAGGCGGUAUCAUCAACGACACAGUAGAGAUGUUCGAAGAUGUGGAACAGGCGGUCACGCGAUGGCGUGCGGCCGAACGGACUGCCGAUGAACUGGCGAGUAAGAGCAUUCUGUCACUUCGGAGAGGGAGCGCAAGUGACCUCAACCCGGACAGCGCCGACGAAGUCAAAGGAUGAUGAAACGUUUACUGUAACGAUUCAAGAUAUUGUUUGUAAUACUAGCAACUAUUUUUAAAAGGAAGAAGUUUAAUUCCUGCCUUAUAUCUUUUGCGCCUCAUCGAGACCUUAUGGCGAUAUAAGAUAAUCCAACUGUUCAAAUAUUGUC